AUGGCGCCGAAAAAGAAGGGAAACAAGCGGCAGGAGGAAGAUUGGGAGGCCGACCUCGGUGAAUCGGCUGCCGUCGCGAAUGGUGACACUACGGAGCAGGAGAAGCCCGCCGAGGAGGCUGAGGAGGAGACUGGUGGCGGCGGGCUCCUGGCUGCGCUGAGGAAGAACAAGACGAAAAAAGCCAAGAAGGGAAAGCCCGUCAAUGAUUUCGUCGACGGAGAGGAUGCAGAAGCCGAGGCGGAGCCGCCGGUGGACCUGGCCAGCAAGCAGCCCGAAGAAGGCACGUUCGAUGACGACGAUGUUUUCGCCGGCAAGCCUAACAAGAAAGCUGCCAAAGCACCUCUGAAGGAGCCAGAGGAUGAGGAGCCGUCAGAAGAUGGGUUCCGCGUUAAGAGUAAGAAGGAGAAAGAGCGCGAAAAGAAGGAGAGGGAAAAGCAGCGCAAGAAGGAACAGGCCGCCAAAAAGAAGGGCGCUGCUCCUGCAGAGACCAAGACACAACCGGCCAAGCCCGCCGCAGAGACCAAGCAAGAGCCUACACCUGCGCCCGUUGCUGCCCCAGAGCCCGCUGCCGGUGGCAAGAAGAAGAAAAUUCCUGCACAUCUAGCAGCCAUCCAAAGGCAACAGGAGCUGCUCAGAAAGCAACAGGAAGAGGAGGAGCAACGCAGACAGGCAGAGAAGGCCGCCGAGGAUGAGAGACGCCGAGUUGAGGAAGAAGAGGAGAAGAAGCGGGAAGAAGCUCGUCAGCGGAAAAAGGAGAAGGAGAAGGAGAAGAAGGAGCAGCUGCGGAGAGAAGGCAAGCUCCUCACAGACGCUCAGAGAAAGGCACAGCAGAAGAAUGAAUUGCGCAUGAAGCAGAUGCUUGCGGCUGGUGUGGGCACGGUUGCCGGUCUGGAAGAGCGCCAAGAGGGGGAGAAGAAGAAGAAGCCCGUCUAUGACAACAGGAAAAAGAAGGGCCCCAAGAAGCAAGAAGAAGACCUGGAAGCGGCUGCUGCUCGCGCUCAGGCCCAGCGCGAAGCUGAAGACGCGAGGCGCAAGAAGGAAGCUGAAGAGAAAGCCAAGGCUGAGGCUAAGGCUGCUGCUGCCGCUGCCGCUGCUACUGCCGCCGCCGGUGGCGAUGAGGAGAGCGAGCUGGAAGACUGGGAAAAGGCUGCUGACGCGGAAGAGGAAGAUGUUAAAGACAGUUGGGAUGCUCCCUCUGACGAAGAAGAAGAGACGAAGCCUGCGGCUGCCAACGGCGCAGCUGCUAAGGAGGCCGAAGAAGAAGCAGAGGAAGAGGAAGAGGAUGAUGAAGAUGACUCCGAGGAUGAAUCCUCUUCCGAAGAAGAUUCCGAGGAAGAGCAGUCUGCGGCGCAGAAGGCCAUUGCCCAGAGGAAGGCCGAGGCUGCGGAACGUCGGAGGAAGCAGCAUGAGGAAGCUCUGGCUGCUCGGUCAAAGGACAAUCUCCGUUCGCCUAUUUGCUGUAUUCUUGGACACGUCGAUACCGGCAAGACUAAACUGCUGGAUAAGAUCAGACAGACCAACGUCCAAGAAGGUGAAGCUGGUGGUAUUACUCAACAGAUCGGUGCCACCUACUUCCCUGUCGAUGCCCUGAAGCAGAAGACUGCCGUGGUGAACAAGGACGGCAGCUUUGAGUUCAAGAUUCCCGGCCUUCUUGUCAUCGAUACCCCUGGUCACGAGUCCUUCUCUAACUUGCGUUCGAGAGGUUCUUCGCUCUGCAACAUUGCCAUCCUGGUUGUUGAUAUUAUGCACGGUCUCGAGCCGCAGACUCUCGAGUCCAUGAGACUCCUGAGAGAUCGCAAGACACCCUUCAUCGUCGCCCUGAACAAGAUCGAUCGUUUGUAUGGCUGGAAGAAGAUUGACAACAAUGGCUUCCAGGAGAGUUUGGCUAUGCAGAGCAAGGGUGUUCAGAAUGAGUUCCGCACUCGUCUGGAGCAGACCAAGCUGGCUUUUGCCGAGCAGGGAUUCAACGCGGAACUUUUCUAUGAGAACAAGUCCAUGGCCAAGAAUGUCUCCUUGGUGCCCACUUCCGCCCACACUGGAGAGGGUAUCCCUGACAUGUUGAAGCUCCUGACCACGCUGACCCAGGAGCGCAUGACCAACGCGCUGAUGUACUUGUCUGAGGUCGAAUGUACAGUUCUCGAAGUGAAGAUUAUUGAAGGUCUUGGAACGACAAUUGAUGUUGUCCUCUCCAACGGUAUCCUUCGCGAGGGUGACCGGGUCGUACUGUGCGGUCUCAAUGGACCGAUAUCAACGAAUAUUCGAGCACUCUUGACACCUGCUCCGCUGAAGGAACUUCGUCUGAAGUCCCAAUACGUCCACAACAAGGAGGUCAAGGCUUCCCUGGGUGUCAAGAUCGCCGCGAACGAUUUGGAGCACGCCAUUGCUGGUUCUCGCCUGCUCGUUGUUGGUCCUGAUGACGACGAAGAGGAUCUGGAAGAAGAGGUCAUGUCUGACCUAGAGAAUUUGUUGGGUAAGGUUUCGAAGGACCAGCGUGGUGUCAGUGUCCAGGCUUCCACUCUGGGUUCUUUGGAGGCGCUGCUCGAGUUCUUGAGGGUGUCCAAGAUUCCCGUGGCAAAUAUUUCGAUCGGUCCAGUGUACAAGCGUGACGUUAUGAUGGCGGGUACGAUGCUGGAGAAGGCCAAGGAAUACGCGGUCAUGCUCUGUUUCGAUGUCAAGGUGGACAAAGAAGCGCAGGCGUACGCUGAUGAAGUUGGCGUCAAGAUCUUCACUGCAGACAUCAUUUACCACCUGUUCGACGACUUCACCAAGCACAUGGAAGAGCUUGCUGCGAAGAGAAAGGAGGAAAGCAAAAUGCUGGCUGUCUUCCCUUGCGUCCUGAGGACUGUGGCCGUGUUCAACAAGAAGGACCCCAUCGUCGUUGGUGUUGAUUGUAUUGAAGGCAACCUGAGACUGCACACUCCUAUUGCCGCCGUCAAGACCAAUUCUGUGACUGGUGCCAAGGAAAUUAUCAAUAUGGGCAGAGUAACCUCCAUCGAGCGCGACCACAAGGCCAUCCAGGUCUGCAAGAAGGGUCAACCGUCCGUGGCCGUGAAGAUCGAAGGUGCCAACCAACCGAUGUACGGCCGCCAGCUCGAAGAAACGGAUACCCUGUACUCGCAGAUUUCCCGCCAAAGUAUCGACACUCUCAAGGAGUUCUUCCGCUCCGAUGUCACGAUGGAGGAAUGGGCUCUGGUCAAGAAGCUCAAGCCUGUGUUUGACAUUCCUUGA